ACUAAUUUGAAUGGGUUUGCUACGUAAAGUUGGUUCCACAACGAAUGUGGUUGUGAAGAGUAUUACGUUGAUAUGAGGUUGUCACAAACAAUAUUUGCUUUGAGUGGCAAAUAUGCGGAACAGUUUGUGAGGUUCGGUGGAUACUCUCCUACCCCUUUAUCUUUGAAAAAACUUAUUGCUUUCGGCAAAGUUGGUUCUGUUCAGAAAUCAGCUUCUUUCUUGGCUGAUGAGUUACCUGUACGUCUCGCAAAUAUUAUGCAAGAGAUUCAUUUGCUUCCUGAACAACUUGUGCAAACUCCCUCGGCAUCUCUUGUGAGGCAAUGGUAUGAGCAGAGUUUUUGUGAUCUAGUGGACUUUGAAAAAAUACAUUGGGAUGAAAACAGCCUAAAUCGUUUCAACGAAACACUAGCGCGCAUCCGAAGCCGCCACACGACCGUUGUCGAGACGAUGGCACAGGGUGUCAUGGAAAUGCAGGAGAAAUACAAAAGCGACGUCAUAACUAAUAAUCAGGUGCAGUACUUUUUGGACAGAUUCUAUAUGAUGCGAAUUAGUAUUCGUAUGUUGCUAAGUCAACACUUGCUGAUGUUUGGUUCUGAGUUGAAUAAACACAGAAGAUAUGUUGGUUCUAUUGAUCCUGAUUGCAAUGUCCGGGAAAUAUUAGAUGACGCAUACGAGGAUGCUAGAUUUCUUUGCGAACACUAUUAUUCCGUUGCCCCAGAAAUUAAAGUCCAUCUGCACAGUGUAGAAGAUGGAAAAAUUGAAUUCGUCUACGUACCUUCUCACUUAUAUCAUAUUUUAUUUGAACUACUGAAGAAUGCUAUGCGUGCAGCUGUCGAACAACAUAGUAAAGCUGAUUCUAUUCCACCUAUUGAAGUUUUGGUAGCAACUGGUCGGGAAAACGUGACAAUCAAAAUAUCCGAUAUGGGUGGUGGUAUCCCGAGGUCUGAAAUUGACCUGGUUUUUAACUACACAUAUACAACUGCUCGACAGUGUAAACGUAGUGGUGAACCAAACAUGUCAAUGGAGUUUGGAUCACCUGGUCAUGAAGCUAAUGCUCCAAUGGCAGGCUAUGGUUAUGGUCUACCUCUUAGUCGUCUAUACGCAAAAUAUUUCAAUGGUGAUCUUAUAUUGGCCAGUGUAGAAGGUUAUGGAACUGAUGCAAUUGUUUAUCUUAAGAGUAAUGCUGCUGAAGCUGAUGAACUAUUGCCUGUAUUCAAUCGUACAUCAGCAAAACAGUAUGGAAGUGUAGGCAUCCCAGUUGCUGACUGGUCUAAUCCUCAUAUAACAACCGGUUGGCGGAGAAAUUAAUACAGAGUUUGUUUUAUAUCGUUUAGCCAGCAUCCUUGUAUUGCAUUAAACUGUUAUUAGUAUUAUUGGGAUUUCUAUCCCUCUAAAUCUCAAUGCGCAUUUUCUUCUCCUUUUUAUUUUCAUAAGAUUUUAUUGAAAUACUGAAGUUUUUCGAAGGGAGUAUAUUUAAGUUAUACUGUUUAAUAAUAUCCAUCAACGUUAACUGGAGUUCUGAAGAGACUUUCACAUUCUUUCUUUUUUAAACAUGUGCAUGUUUACCAACAUCUUAUGGAAGACAGCGAAUUCAUUUUCCCAUUUCUUCAUCCCAAAAGAAAUUACUUCACACUUCCACUUCUUUGCAAAGUGAUAUUUUGAUUGUGUGUGUAUGUGAAUGUGUUCAGAGAUAUUUUCUUUCUCCAUUACAUUUGGUCUUCAGUUUCCAAACUCUUGACAGAAGUUAAUCACCACUUUGUAAAGAAGACGUUACAAGUAGGAGGAAUAGGUGAAGAGAGAGAAGAAGAAAUAGAAUAUGGUUUGAAAUUCAACUUCAUGAUUUUACCAUACUUACUUUCUUAACUGUUUAUGGUCUAUCUAUCCUUAUGGAUUAGUAUCCACGGGAAUAAUGUCUAUUGUUUUUAUAUUGUUGUUCUCCUUUGUUCUCAUCUGCCUUGUUGGUUGUAUAACGAUAAUUUUAUUAAAGUAAGGAGAGUUGUUUCUUCUCCUUUUUCUAAUUGUUCGCGAAUUAAUGACAGCGUCUGUUCAACACAGAAGUGGUUAGUUCAGCCGUCUAUGUCGCCUCCUACAUUGACUUCAUAGUUUGUUGGCAUAUUGUAUUACGGUCAUUUUCUAUUUUAUACGCUUUUUCGUUUGAAACGAAUGGUUUAUGAAAACUUCCUUUCCAGUUAUAUAUAGAUAUCUGUAUAUUGAAGAAUAAAAUAUUUUAAUCAUCAUGGUGAUGAUGAUAUAUGCGCCCUGUUGCUUUAGUAUAGACAAUUGUCAAAACAAAACAAAAAUUCGACUUUUCUCUGUUACUCGUCAUAGUUUGUUUAUCUCUAUGUGAACUGUACUCCAUUG